ACUCUUUCUCCUCAUACUUCAUAUUUCAGAGAAGCACAACCAAGCUUCUCUGUUGAAAAAAAGAGGCGAAAAAAGGGGCAAAUAUAUUGGUUUUGUUCCUAUCCUUUUAGCUACAGAGCUGUGAAAGUUUAUGCUUUUUGUUGGACUGAAAUUGAAAUGGUUGGCAAGGAUAGCCUGAGGACUGAGGACUUUAACUUGUGCUUUGAGAAGCUCAUGAUGGAUGCUGAUAGCGGGAACAGUGAGAAAGGAGGGAAAAUGAAGGCUGGGGUUAUCACCGAAUGGAAGGAUAUUCCUGUGGAGCUUUUGAUGCAAAUUUUGUCGCUUGUGGAUGAUCAGACUGUGAUCAAAGCUUCAGGAGUUUGUCGUGGCUGGAGAGAUGCAAUUUACUUUGGCCUUGCCCGUUUAUCACUCUCUUGGUGUAGCAAGAACAUGAAUAACUUGGUCCUAUCUCUUGUUCCUAAAUUCACAAAAUUGCAAACUCUAAUCCUUCGUCAAGACAUGCCUCAACUAGAGGAUAAUGCUGUUGAGACUAUUGCAAAUUGCUGUCAUGACUUGCAGAUUCUGGACCUCAGCAAAAGUUUCAAGCUUACUGAUCGUUCACUGUAUGCUAUAGCCCUUGGUUGUCGUGAUCUUACAAAACUAAACAUCAGUGGGUGUUCAGCAUUUAGUGAUACUGCUCUGGCUUACCUUGCCAGUUUCUGCAGAAAACUGAUAGUUCUUAAUCUCUGUGGAUGUGUUAAAACAGCAUCUGAUACUGCUUUACAGGCUAUUGGACAAUGCUGCAAUCAGUUACAGUCUUUGAACCUUGGAUGGUGUGAUAAUGUUGGAGAUGUUGGAGUUAUGAGUUUAGCACACGGGUGUCCUGAUCUUAGAACAGUUGACUUGUGUGGCUGUGUCCGUAUAACAGAUGAUAGUGUGAUUGCUUUGGCAAACAGAUGCCCCCAUCUAAGGUCCCUUGGCUUGUACUACUGUAAAAAUAUCACGGACAGAGCAAUGUAUUCAUUGGCACAAAGCAAAGUGAACAACAGGAUGUGGGGAUCUGUGAAAGGAGGAAAUGAUGAAGAAGGGCUAAGGACUUUGAACAUUAGCCAAUGCACAUCACUCACCCCUUCUGCUGUUCAGGCCGUGUGUGACUCAUUCCCUUCUCUUCACACAUGCUCAGGGAGGCAUUCACUCAUCAUGAGUGGCUGUCUCAAUUUAACAUCUGUGCAUUGUGCAUGUGCUGUCCAUGCACACCGUGGAAUCAGCACUUUCCCUUAUCCAGCUCAUUAAGCACAUGCUUUGGUGUAGAAGACACUCACUUCGAGGAAGUGCUCUUGAACGGCUCAGAGAAGUGAAAUAAAUGUAAUUCCCUCCCUUGCAGAUAUUAUAUGACUGUGUUGAGCUAUAUAAGAGACUUGAGCUGCAAAUGAGCACAGCCUUUUGUUGUUGAAAUCCUGUAGAUUAUGUAGAACAUCUUGAACUUGUGUCUUGUAAUUUGUUUUGUUUUAAUCUCCUAAUAUGUGAAGCUUGGACACAAAAAACUGGUUUGUUCGGUGUCAGCUAUAUAAAUUUAUGGAAAGACCUGGACUAAAACUAUUUCGUAGGAAAAGUGAUUGUGUUAUG